UUUGCCUCAAAUAAAUCUUAAUGACACCGAUUCACACUUAGUGACAGCAAGAAUGGAGUCUUUGAAGAAAAAAAACACAAAUAUGUGCCCUUUGCGUUUAGAAAUGAUUUGUGGCUGUUUGACCUGCACUCCAUAGUUUCUCUGUGAAUCCGGAGCUGAUAGAGGAGGUUUUAAAUAUCGCUGGUUCCACUUUAUCUGGGGAGUGAAGCUGGAUCUGGUGCGCAGCCAGAAUCCAGCAGCAGCAGAGCGCACAUAGCCAACAGUCUGCACUUCCCACUCACGUCAGGAGCGCUGGCUUUUCUUUUUUUUUUUUUUGCCGAGGCCACAAGUUUAAUGACGAGACUAAAUCUUCCAGUGCCUCAGUCUGAUUUAGACUCACUGACUGGCGGAUCACACAGUUCCUGUGCGCUUCCAUCGGAUUUUACGUCGCCGGCGGGAAGCGAGCGAAAAACGUCCUUUGUGCCAUUUUUCCUCGUCUUCAACAGAAAGUAGCAGGUGUAAAACGUCCAACUCGUUAAUAAUUUAGAAUUUUAAGGCAAUUAUUCCUCCUGGCGACGCUGUGGAUGCGUUGUGCCAAGAUGUUUCCUUGGCGGCGCGCCUGUGCCUCGGUUUUAACGCCAGGACUGGGGAGUGUUUGCUGGUUUUCACUGGAUUGCAACAGAAGAAAAUAAUCUGUUCUGGACAAAAACUGCCCCAGAAAGGUCACUUCUGUUCGGAUAAUCUACCUGUCAUCUAUUAAGAAAGGCAAAAGUGUGUUUUCUGUGGAUGCGCAUUUUGGCACGAGAAGAACGUAGCGAUGCCGCGUCGGAUCCGCGUCCUGCUGCUGCUGCACCUGGCUGCGCUACUGUCCGGUUGCCCCACCGGGGCGGUUCGGAUCCGAAAGAAGGCCACCAGGACACGGUCUUGUCUGGACCUGCCGGAGGAGAUCCUGGAGCAGAUGUUCGGGCGGCUCUCGGUCGGAGUGAUGAGCGCUUUUCAUCACGCUCUGCAGCUGGAGCCGCAGGAGAAGCUCAACCUGACCUGCCUGAGCACCGCACGGACCCUGACCGACGGCAAGACCCGCCUCCCGGUCAACCUGCGCAGCGUCUCCCCCUGGGCCUACAGGCUCUCCUACGACGCCAACAGAUAUCCCCGCUACAUCCCCGAGGCCUACUGCCUCUGCAAAGGCUGCCUGAUCGGGUCUUACGGCGAGGAGAGCAACCGGCACCGCAGCACUCCGGUCUACACUCCGUCCGUCGUCCUGAGGAGGACGGGAUCCUGCGUUGGCGGCCGGCACUCCUACGCUGAGAUCUAUGUGUCGGUGGCCGUUGGAUGCACCUGUGUGCCGCUGCAGGAAAAAGAACGGGACGGACGGAACAGCAACCAGAGUCUGGAGGGUCGAGAGAGCAAAGCCGGGCAGCUGUUCUCUGCAGGGAAGAAAACAUGAAGGAAGCAGGACUGUGGUUCUCCAGAUAAGUCUUUAAGUCUAAACAUCAUCUGCAUUUGUUGGUAUUUUUCCCCAGUGAUACACAUUUAAAGGGAUUCUACUAGAACUGUCCUUCAAUAAAUACAAGUUAAACGUUUGGAUAAAGAGUUUAACAAAGGAAAACAAAGCUAAUGAGGAGAUUUUAUUGUCUGUUUCGAGCUUAAAUAAGAUGUUUUAUUUGGUCCACUUUUUCUGUUGACUUAUUUUUUUUAAUCUAAACUUAACAAAGAUAUCUGGCCUACAGCUGUACAAGGAUCUUCUCUGCAGAAAAGGAAACAUGAAGGAAGCUGGACUGUGGUUCUCAAGAUAAGUCUUUCUCCAACUAAACCACAUUUGUUUCCCCUCAUUGACAUUUUCAACAUUUAAAGGGAUUCAACAUCUAAAGUAGAAGCUCCUGGAACAAGUACAAGUUGAAUAUUUGGAUGAAGAGGUGAAUGAAGAACACAAAGCUAAUAGUAAGGACACUUUAUUGUCUAAUCUGAGCUUAAAUAAGAUCUUUUAUUUGGUCCACUUUCAAUGUUGCCUUGUGUUAUAUUUACACUUGACAGACAUCUGGACAACAGCUGAACAUGGAGACAAAUUGGACAACAACAGAAUGAAUCUGCACACACUAUAUAGUGCACUUUAUAGGGGUGGUGGCAUUUCCAGCGACUUCUCAAGGCUUUUUUAGUGUUCACACAUAUUUUCUACAGAAUAUAUCUUUACUACAUGUGAAACUUGUCAAAAUGACAACAGGAAUGAGACAAAUCCAUGAGUUAUGGUGCAGAAAUAUUAAAAUUAAAAAUAAUAAUUAGUGUUAAUAUGUUUUUAAUUUGAGGAAUUGAAGCAGAGUGAUGUGUCAAAACACAAAGAAAAGAAUAUGCUUAGUAUGAUAUGAAUUUAUCAGUACAGUCCCAGUCGGUUCACUACCGUAGUCACAUCAGUCUGUAUGUUUUAACUGAGCGACAGCAGUGAAGUAAUUAACAGCACCGAGACUGAAAAUGUAUGUUUUUUUUCUGAGGAGCUUCCUACAUAGUUCACUGUAUAUUAAUAUCUAUAGGUGGAGGUAAUGAGUGGAUGAUUUUGGCCACAGCCAGGUCUGAAAAAAAAUCUCAAUUACAUGUAAUGACACUCUGACAGUUGAAGGUUUUCUUCAGCCAAAAGCCCAGAACACAUUUUAUUUUACUUUUGUAUUCAACCGGGCAGAUAGUUCAAGCUUUGAGGAACUAAUCUGACAUUUCCUCCACUCGUCCCUAGACGGAAAUCUCAGAUAAUCAACCAGAACACAUAAAAUCUGACCUAUCAGUCUGAGCAUUUCCCACUAAAAAUAAACGAGAACAUGUGUAUUUGGAAUCUGGGCCGAUCAGACCUUUGAGAAUUAAACCAAACAAAUACUGACCAAAGGACUAAAACUCCUCAUUUAUCAAUGACCUGACCAAUGCUGCCACCUACUGUUGAUCAUGGGGCUUUUCCUUACAUUGACUUGUACAUCUUUCCUCUUGUGAAUCAGAAACUAAUCUUGUAAUCCCUUUAAUGCUCCUCCAGGAAACACAGGUGUAUCCUACCUGCCACAUUCUCACUAACACUUUAAUCAGUUCAACAACCUGUCAUUAAAACAUCGACUAUUCCAGAUUGCAGAGAGAUCACUCAUCUAUCCCAGUAACUAUACAACAAAAACAGAAUAACACUUGUACAUUUUUAAGUCUCAUUUAGCAUUUUUAGGGCAGAAGCUGUACAUCAGAUGGUUUGAUCAUCUUAGAAAAGGGGUAAGAAAUGCAUUUAAUUUGUUCUCCUGCUUCUGUUUUUCUUCCUGAACUCUGAACAUUUGGUGUUUCUCUGUUAAUUUUCUGGCUGAAUUGUUCACUAUUCUGGGUUUCUGGUGGUUUAAUGUGACGACCUGUUCACAUUAAAGUUUCACUGUUUCAUCUCUUCA